GCAAAUCCUCAGCAGAAUUAGCGCCAGCAGGCAUUAUUCAGUAGCCAGUAGCUCGUCAACAACGCGGGCUGGGAAAAGAAAAAGGGUUUGCGGAAUCUAACGUCUCUCCUACUAUAAAAACCCACCACUCAAAUUGCACGCCGUCGCGUCUCCGCCUCCACUUUUGACACUCCAAACAUUCAUUUUACAAGCCAAAAAACAAGCCCUUUCUCUGUCUCUCUCUCUCUCUCUCUCCAAACAAAGGUUACAGCUUUUGCUGUUUCCUCAAUUUGUCGACACCAAAUAAUGUCGGGUUUUGGGUUGUUGCAUUUGAUUAGUGUUAAGAACGAUGUUUUUUUAAGGAAGUUAUGGGACCAGGAUUUGAGCUUCGUGAAGAGUAGUAGUAAAAGAUUCCUUUUUUCAGUGAAGAAGAAACAAAGGUUAGUGAUUUUAAGCUUGUCUCAACCGCCAGAGGCAGGGCCUCAAUCUGGUGGGACCACGACUAUAGUAACUAAGGAAAGUAGUGGGAGUAAUAUUAGAAAAGAAGAAGUUAGGAUUUUGGAGAGUGGUUAUGAGGAAACGAAGACAGAUGAAGGAAAUGGUGGGGGUUUUUUUGAUGGAAAUGGUAGAAAUGGGAAAUUUAAUAAUGGCGGUGGCAGAGGAGGUGGUGGAGGCGGCGAUGGCGAUGACGGAGAAAAGGGUGAUCCGGAAGAGGAGGAGUUUGGACCAAUUAUGAAAUUUGAGGAAGUUAUGAAGGAGACAGAGGCUAGAGGGGCUACUCUUCCUGCAGAUAUGAUGGAGGCAGCAAAAAGUGUUGGGAUUCGUAAAUUGCUUCUCCUUAGAUAUUUGGAUUUCCAGGGGUCAAGCUGGCCUCUAGGAUUUGCAAUGAGGUCAUGGGGAAUGCUUCGGAACCGGAUGUUGGCUGACCCAUCUUUUCUUUUUAAAAUUGGAACAGAGAUAGUCAUUGAUUCUUGUUGUGCUACCCUUGCGGAAGUUCAAAAGAGAGGCAAGGAUUUCUGGGCAGAAUUUGAGUUGUAUGUUGCUGAUCUUUUGGUUGGAGUGGUGGUGAACAUUGCUUUAGUUGGUAUGUUGGCACCAUAUGCUCGAAUUGGGCAACCAUCAAUAUCCACAGGGUUCCUUGGGCGCAUGCAACAUGCUUAUGGAGCUCUCCCUAGCAGUGUGUUCGAAGCUGAAAGGCCAGGUUGUAGAUUUACGGUAAAACAGAGAAUUGGUACAUACUUUUAUAAGGGAGUCCUGUAUGGAGCAGUUGGAUUUGCAUGUGGUAUUAUAGGCCAAGGAAUUGCAAAUUUGAUCAUGACUGCCAAGAGGAGCAUGAAUAAGUCAGAAGAGGACAUACCAGUUCCACCUCUUGUGAAGAGCGCAGCUUUGUGGGGUGUUUUUCUUGCAGUUUCUUCCAAUACUCGAUAUCAGAUCAUUAAUGGAUUGGAACGGUUGGUGGAGGCAUCACCUUUGGCCAAGCAGGUUCCACCUGUUGCCAUGGCUUUCACCGUUGGUGUGCGAUUUGCCAACAACAUAUACGGUGGGAUGCAGUUUGUGGACUGGGCUAGAUGGAGUGGAGUGCAAUAAGCCAAUAACCGCACAUCUUUUCCCAUACAUUUUGGUUAGAAAUAGCCUUUCCUAACCAUUCUAUUCGGGAUAGAGUUAAAAAUUUCAACAACUUUGAAUUUGGAUGUUAAACAUCAAUGUGGUAGCCAAGAAUCUUUUGAAUUAAAGCCAAAUUGCUGCUUGUGAGGUUGAAAAGCAUAGAAUCCUGGCACAAAGCUAUCGCCUUUUUUGUAUCUUUCUUGAUAGGAGAUGUAUCAAACCUUGAUCAUUAGUUGGAGCUUUUCAAGAAUGUUAAAACUCACAA